UUUUUGGUGCACCAAAAUUUUCAAGCUGGGUGCACCUGUGCAGCUAAUCCCAAAAAGAAUUUCGAGACCUGCAUAACAGUGACGCAGUGUUCUAGCCAGCCUGAAUUUUUUUCUGCCACUUUAAACGGAAAUCCUCAUGGAAAAAUAUUACUUGCCCAGUCAGGAAGUGGGAGUAGGACAUGCACUUGUCCAAUUGGCACUUUCACUUCUUGCCCUGGACAAUCGGGCAAGUGGACUUGUCCAACCCUGCCAUACUGUUGUUGUUCACUGAAAGUUGAAUAGCUGGAUGAUAUUGAUUAUGGUGACUUCAUGUACUUAUUUAAAAUGCCUCACACAGUAACGUUACAUCUGAUUUUUGAUCUGUGUCUAGAUAAGCUGUACACCAGGGAAGAUAUUAGCAGUGGCUGUGUGAAGAAUAAAGGAGAAGAAAUCGUCAAUUUUAGGUCCAACUGUUACUCUCCAGGCAGAUUUACAAGUGGCACAAGGUAGUAUCAAAGCUGGCUAAGGAGUACACCUGGCAAAAGGGAGUCUUCAGCCAAUCCGGUAUCCAAACACACUUUUUGAGCGGAUUCACUCCUCCCUGCAGCAUUUGAUACUGUCCUAUACCAUAGGAUCUGCUUGGAGAUUGGCCAUCUGUGUCAAAAGUCUUAUCCUUUCCCAACAGGUGUUCUUCACAGAGCUGCUGGAGUGGGAGCUAGAGACGAGAGGUGAAGCCUCACUGGGUGUCCACCAUCAUCCAGGGUUCAAGGGUCACCGGCAGAGUAGUUUGAGCAGUGCCGCCGAGCGCGCCACUGGCUGUAGCAGCCGUGUGAGGAGAAACUACAGGACCAACAGCAGCAGCUGCCCAAGGAGGAGAAGAGGAGUGACUCUGAACAGGCUCCGCGAGGGCGUGGUUGUGGCAGGGGUGGAUUCUUCCACGGACGGCUCGGCAGCAGCGAGAAAAGCAGAUAACUGUCACCUCCCACGUGCAUGCAGCGAUCAACACUCACUGCGACUCACUCACUCGGAAGUUCAAGGUCUGGUGGAAAUGUCGUCUCAGGCUGCAAAGUUAAAGAGGGCACAAGCAAGUUUGUUGGAUGCAGUCCGUCCAUCUGCAAAGAAGAAAGCAGGCAAUCCGAAGAUCAGAAGCCUUGAGUGUAUGAUAGACUGUUUUUUGAUCGAUGGGGAAGAAAUCAAAAGGCAACUAAGCACAUCUUAUGUGCGCAUGGAUGAAGCUAACUGCACCUUAAAGUUUGCGGCAUACUUGCUCCUGGAAGGGAAUGAAACAGACGAAGAAGUGCACUGCAAACUCAAGGAAGCAAUAGAAGAAGUGCGUGAAGGGAUCACGAGUGACUAUACGGUCCUCUUUCUGAGAAAGGAUGGCAAAAGAAAUGUAUUCCAGGCAUUUCCUUCGAAGUUGAAGGCUGAUACAGGGUGGCUCUUGUCCCUGGGUACGAGACAUCGAUAUGACAGGCUCAGGCAUAGCUCCAUCAACUGGGAUGUCUGGAUGCAAAGGAGUGUAUCAAACUACGGAGCCUGUGGAACUAGUAAGUUCAUUAUUUGAUUUAAAUAAAAGCAUCUCAAUUUAUUUUUUUGCCGUUACUAACUACACUACUGGGAUAUUCUGACGCAUUAUUUCUACAAAGGGUUCCAGGCACAUUUAGUUGUCUAAUAACAGAAAGUCCACAUUUGCAACCUCUAACAAUUUUAACAUUAUCAUUGCAAAUGAAACCAUUGGAAACAACUCAAAACAAUGAAUGUAAUGAUUGCAAACUUGUUUCCUCUUGA